GAUUAUCAUGGCCACUAUUCUCCCUACGGCAUAUACUCGAAAAUCUCUUUUUGCUCCAUCUCCUGCAACCACCCGUGGUCAAGCUGUACAUCUUGGUGGUGACCCAAAAGGUGUCAACUUCCUCUACACGAACGGCCGGGCAGUUAUUAUUCGCAAUUUGGCUAAUCCUGAAAUCGCCAAGGAAUAUACUGGCCAUUCAUUCCAAACCACCGUUGCUAGAUAUGCCCCUAGUGGAUAUUACAUUGCUUCUGCAGAUGUUCAAGGAAACAUUCGUAUCUGGGACACCACUCAAGCUGAAAACAUUCUCAAGAUCGAAACCAAAGUCUUUUCUGGUCGCAUCAAUGAUCUUGACUGGGAUUUUGAAAGCAAAAGGAUCAUUGCUGUUGGUGAAGGCAAAAGCAAGUUUGGUCAUGCCUUCCUUUUUGAUUCAGCUUCGUCUGUAGGUGAGAUCAGUGGACACGCCAAAGUAAUCAAUUCUGUUUCCAUUCGUCCUGGAAGGCCUCUUCGAGCAGCUACUGGAUCUGACGAUAUGACAGUCAACUUUUACCACGGAGUUCCAUUCAAAUUUAACAAGUCCAGCACAAAUCACUCUCGCUUUGUGCAAUGCGUGCGGUAUUCUCCCAAUGGUGACUUUUUUGUUUCUUCAGGCUCUGAUGGAAAAAUAUUCUUAUAUGAUGGAAAGACUGGAGAUGAUGUUGCAGAACUCUCUGCUGCUGAUGGUGCUCAUACUGGCGGCGUGUUUUCAGUUUCAUGGAGUCCAGAUAGCAGGCAACUCAUGACUUCCUCUGCUGACCAGAGCGUCAAAAUCUGGGAUGUUGCCACAAAGACUGUUGCUUCAACAUUUGUUUUUUCUGACACCCAGCAUGUUGAUCACCAACAGGUUGGUUCACUGUGGCAAGGACAGUACCAAAUAUCGCUAUCACUUUCUGGUGAUAUCAACUAUCUUGACCCCAAGAGUGGCAACAAGCCAGUGCGUGUUGUAAAGGGUCAUACCAAAGGAAUUACUUCUCUUGCUAUUGAUGAAAACCAAACUUUGUACACUGGGAGCUACGAUGGUCGAAUUUGCUCGUGGACCGAUGGUAAAGAUGGUGGUCAUUUGGUGUCUGGAAGUGGUCACACUAACCAGAUCACAGCUCUUGUCGCCGAAAAAGGACGAGUGAUCUCCGCGGGAAUGGACGAUUCAAUUCGCACCAUUCUUACUGCUACAAAUGCAUUCGACCAAAAGGUAGUUGCAAGUGAUGGCAUUCCAAAGGGACUUGCUGCUUUUGGCAAUUUGACUAUUUUUGCUACGCACAAAGAUGAGCUGGUUACUCUUGUUGAUGGAUCUGCCGAAACUCGCUUAAAACUUGGAUAUUCUCCUACUGCUGUUGCCAUCUCACCCAAUGGCACCACUACUGCUAUUGGUGGCGAGGAUGGUCUAGUUCACCUUUAUGAUAUCAAGGGUCAAACUCUAGUCGAAAAGGCAAAACUUGAGAGCAAUAAGGGUAUUAUUACUGCUAUUUCCUACUCUCCUAAAGGCGAUCUUGUCGCAGUCGCGGAUGCUUCAAGAAAUGUCAUUGUUUACGAGACUUCUACAAACACGAUGAAAUUAAACCAGUGGGGUUUCCACACGGCUCGUGUCAAUUGUGUUUCGUGGUCGCCCGAUGGUCUGCAUGCCGUAUCUGGUUCUCUCGACACCAAUGUUGAAGUCUGGAGUGUUGAAAAACCCAUGCAGCAUAUCUCCAUCAAAAAUGCACAUACGGACUCUGUUACCGGCGCUGUUUUUAUUGACAACAAUACAGUUGCAUCAUGCGGUCAGGAUGCCCAAAUCAAAAUUUGGUCGCUCACACACUACUAAUUCAAUACGUUAUACUUGUUGAAUGGUGAUUCUUGUUGCUUUUAUUUGCUUAUUGGAAACGCCAUAUACUGAUGGAAGCUAUGGCAAUGAUCUGGUUUAUUUUCAGUGCCACGGUUUAUGGCAAAUAAAUAUUCCCUUUACAAACUU